GUUUACUCGGACUGCUGGAGCCUUCUGCGUCGAGUGUUUCAGGAAUCCGACUAGACGACAGCUUAUCUAUCGACGCGCGAUACCUCCCCUCUUAUAAAGCCAACGUUUUCGUUGAUAUACCGUCCCAUUGUCUGUUUAACUCUAUAUACUCCGUACUGCCACGUGCACGCGACCUCCGCAGCCUCCGAAUCCCGAGGACCCAACGCAUCGCAACAUUGGAAUCUGAGAUUGGCCUGCACUCAUUGGAUUCUUGUCUUCCAUAUAUUCCCUGGACUCUAUCGGUGGUUAAUCUCGUAUAUUCGAGCGAAUAACAAAAAUGCCCACAAUGUGGCUGUCCGAUAAUCAGAAGAUCGGAGUCAUCUUCUGCUCAGCCGGAGGCUUAUUCCUCUUCGGCGGAGUCCUCAUGUUCUUCGAUCGCUCUCUCCUUGCAAUGGGAAACAUCCUCUUCCUCAUCGGCCUCACCCUAAUAAUCGGCUUCGAAAAGACCUUCGCCUUCUUCUCGCGCCGCCAGAAACUCAAAGGCACGGCAGCCUUCGCCACGGGCAUCCUCCUGAUUCUCCUCCGCUGGCCAUUAGCGGGCUUCAUCAUCGAGCUGUACGGCCUCUUCAUCCUCUUUGGCGAUUUCUUGAUCACGAUCGGUCAGUUCGCGGGGAAUAUUCCUGUCGUCGGGCCGUAUAUUAAGCAGAUUUUGGAGACGUUGGCCGGUGGGAGGAGGAAUGCGGAGUUGCCUGUAUAGAAUCCCAUUCUCCAUACUUCUCUGUCUUUUUCUCUUUGUGGGAGAGGAAGGUGGGGGAUGGAUGUCUGUGUAGGAUUCAUGAUGACAGAAGGAUGAGGAUGAGGAUGAAGAGGAGAGGAAGAAGAAGGAUUGGAUCUGUUAUGUUACGUGUAUGACUAUGCGACUGAGCUCUUACGAUACGACAUUGCAUGAUGAGAUGGGUAUGGAAUGGCCUGCGACUGCGACUGCGACUGGUUUGAUGUUGGGUCUAUCGCGCAGGGGAGGGGCUACGUUCUAUGGGUAUUAGGUAUUAGAGACU